AUGUAAAAAACAGAGUAUCAAAAGAAAAGAAUGUUCUCCACCUAUUAAGAUGCUAUUAAGGUUCAUGCUGAGAAUGUUGUUGAAUCAUUUAUCAACUCAAAGGAAGGAAAAAUAGAAUAUGAGCCAACUGAAGCUCAAAAAUGGACAAAAACACUUGCUACAGAUAUAACAAACAGCAUCCAGGGCUAGCCAAAGUUAUUAGAUCAAACAAAGUUCAAGCUCAAAGUAGAUGUUAUGAUUCUAGAUAGAGACUCGGUAGGUUUCCAUAUGAGUUCAUCAUGUCUGUGGGAUAAUGAUGCUGACGGUAGCAUAAAUUUUUAAAAAGAAACAGAGUCUUAUUACAUCAUUGUCUCAAUUUUUGGAUUUUUCAGACAUUGA